AUGAAUGCAGUGGGUCUAGUUAUCUUACUUCUCGUUCGUUACUUUCAAACAAGAAAACAGUGCGUUUCCUUUCACCUGUUUCCAGAGGGUUUCCUGUUUGGAGCUGCCACUUCAGCCUACCAGGUGGAGGGCGCCUGGAACGAAAAUGGCAAAGGAGAGAGCAUCUGGGACCACAUGCUGCACGAACAUCCAGAGUACGGUCACAGAGGGGAGAAUGGAGAUGUAACCUGCGAUUCGUACCACCAUUAUGCUGAGGACGUACAGGCACUUAAGGAUUUGGGGGCUAAAGUAUACCGUUUCUCCAUUUCUUGGUCUCGUAUACUGCCUAACGGGGACAUAGACGUGAUCAACCAGGCGGGGAUUGACUACUACAACAACCUCAUCAACCUGCUGCUGGAGAAUGACAUUCAACCUCUGGUGACGAUGUACCACUGGGACCUGCCGCAAGCCCUGCAGUACAUAGGAGGCUGGCCCAACCCCAUCCUAGCGGACUACUUCCUGGAGUACGCCAGGGUGGUCUUUGACAACUUCGGUGACAGGGUGAAGAUGUGGCUAACAUUCAACGAGCCUUACGAGUUUAUGAAAGGCUACGCCACCACCGGCGGCCAAGCUCCAUCGCAGAACGCUCCGGGCAUCGGUGACUACCUGGCGGCGCACACCGUCAUCAGGGCGCACGCCAUGGUCUACCGGCUCUACGACGAGCAGUACCGCUCCACGCAGAACGGUAAAGUCGGUAUCACACUAAACUGUGACUGGUUCGAACCAUACGAUGACCUGGAGGAAUCCCUGGAGGCUCAGGAACGAGUGUUUCAGUUCCAGCUGGGCCUGUUCGCGAACCCUAUCUACAUCGACGGCGACUACCCGGCCGUGGUACGGGAACGUGUGGACAACAACAGCAGAGCCGAGGGUCGACCCAGGUCACGCCUGCCCAGCUUUACUGAGGAGGAGAAGCAGAUGAUCAAUGGUUCUUCUGAUUUCUUUGGACUGAAUUCAUACACAACAAGUCUCGUAAAGUCUGCAGUCGUGGGUGGCUCACCAUCAUUGGAACGCGACAGUGGUGUUCAGCGAAUAAUCAACUUCACUUGGCCUGGCAGCAGCUUAAUAUGGCUCAGGGUUGUGCCAUGGGGUUUCCGUAAUGUUGUUAACUGGGUGUCAUCAAGAUAUCCGAACUACCCUAUUUUCAUCACGGAGAACGGCUAUCCCGAUUUUGGGGGACUCGAAGAUGAAGAACGUAUCAGUUAUUACGGGCAAUACUUGGCAGAAUUACUGAAAGCUAUCAAUGAAGAUGGCGCCAAUGUAAUUGGAUAUACAACUUGGAGCCUUCUCGACAACUUGGAGUGGAAUUCUGGUUUCAGACCGAAGUUCGGCAUCUACCAGGUGGAUUUCAACAGCACUGAGAGAACAAGGACGCCAAAGGCUUCAGCAAGCUUCCUAUAUGGCAUCUACAGCAACAUGAGUGUACCUGAAGAAUAUUUUACGUAA